GCACGCAUAGUCUCCACUGGGGACUGAUCUCGUGCGGUGCCCGGGCCCUGGGCGCCCGACCCACACUGGCCAUGGCGAGCGGCGCCGCCAGGUACCGGCUGAGCUGCUCGCUCCCGGGCCACGAACUGGACGUGCGGGGCCUGGUGUGCUGCCUCUAUCCGCCGGGGGCCUUUGUGUCCGUGUCCCGAGACCGCACCACCCGCCUCUGGGCCCCAGACAGUCCUAACAGAGGCUUUACAGAAAUGCACUGUAUGAGUGGCCACUCCAAUUUUGUAUCUUGUGUGUGCAUCAUACCCUCAAGUGACAUAUACCCUCAUGGACUAAUUGCCACUGGAGGAAAUGACCACAAUAUUUGCAUUUUCUCACUGGACAGUCCAGCACCACUUUAUAUUCUAAAAGGUCACAAAAAUACUGUUUGUAGUCUUUCAUCUGGAAAAUUUGGGACAUUACUUAGUGGCUCAUGGGACACCACUGCUAAAGUCUGGCUGAAUGACAAAUGCAUGAUGACCUUACAGGGUCAUACAGCUGCGGUAUGGGCAGUAAAGAUCUUACCUGAACAGGGCUUAAUGUUGACUGGAUCAGCAGACAAAACUAUUAAACUGUGGAAGGCUGGAAGAUGUGAGAGGACUUUUUCAGUAUAUUAUGGACAUACAAAUUAUAUUUAUAGCAUAUCUGUCUUUCCGAACUGUAGAGAUUUUGUGACAACAGGAGAAGACAGAUCUCUGAGAAUCUGGAAACAUGGGGAAUGUGCUCAAACAGUCCGACUUCCAGCUCAGUCUAUAUGGUGCUGCUGUGUUCUAGACAAUGGUGACAUUGUGGUUGGUGCGAGUGAUGGUAUUAUUAGAGUGUUUACAGAAUCAGAAGAUCGGAUAGCAAGUGCUGAGGAAAUCAAAGCUUUUGAAAAAGAGCUCUCCCAGGCAACUAUUGAUUCCAAAACUGGUGAUUUAGGGGACAUUAAUGCUGAGCAGCUUCCUGGGAGGGAACAUCUGAAUGAAUCUGGUACUAGAGAAGGACAAACUCGUCUAAUCAGAGAUGGGGAGAAAGUCGAAGCCUAUCAGUGGAGUGUUAGUGAAGGGAGGUGGAUAAAAAUUGGUGAUGUUGUUGGCUCAUCUGGUGCUAAUCAGCAAACAUCUGGAAAAGUUUUAUAUGAAGGGAAAGAAUUUGAUUAUGUUUUCUCAAUUGAUGUCAAUGAAGGUGGACCAUCAUAUAAAUUGCCGUAUAAUACCAGUGAUGAUCCCUGGUUAACUGCAUACAACUUCUUGCAGAAGAAUGAUUUGAAUCCCAUGUUUUUGGAUCAAGUGGCUAAAUUUAUUAUUGAUAACACAAAAGGUCAAAUGUUGGGACUUGGGAACACCAGUUUUUCAGAUCCAUUUACAGGUGGUGGUCGGUAUGUUCCAGGCUCUUCUGGAUCUUCUAACAUACUGCCUACAGCUGAUCCUUUUACAGGUGCUGGUCGUUAUGUGCCAGGUUCUGCAAGUAUGGGAGCUACCAUGGCUGGAGUUGAUCCAUUUACAGGUACAUAG